AUGUGUAAAUAUGUAAAAUUGUUUUCAGGCACUACAAGAGCUCCGAAACAAGGACAUCGUCCUAGAACAACUUCAGGAUCGGUUCUGAAGCCGCGUGAGGAAUUGUUAAGAGAUUCGAUACGGUGCCAAGUCUCUUACGAGCCCUACGUCUUGAUGUCUAAAGAGGAAACAUGGGAAGAAGCGAUUCGUUUGGCGACCAGUCUUGAGAAGAAACCAGAUGUUGUAAGAAAGGCGAUAUACAAUCGCAGACACUUCAUCAACAGAAAAAUAGAGGAUGGUUUGGUCAAAUUCCAGGUUCUUGAUCCAAGAUCGCCAAUCAUCAACGACAUAGCUGAGAAAGCUCAGACCAUCACUAUCAACGUCGUCCACUUCUUGGAAACUCACUACAAGAAAAUAUGCGCACAAAUAAAUGCAAAGAUGGAAAUCCAACAGACUGCAUGA